AAACAUUUUCAGCUAACUUGUGUCUCUCUAACCCUGACUCUGUCAAAUACCAUGUCUAUCUAGCGCAGACAAGCCCCCUACCGUUCAUCGUUGGCGACCAUCCACGACCUCCACGACAACACUCCAAGUAGCUGACGAUCACUACUACCAUCAUCUUCUCCGGCGAAGCCUUUUUCAUUUUUUCCAAGAUUCUUGCAAUCUUCAGGAAUCGAGCUUUUAUUAGAUUUGUACGCUACCACAUGGGUUCUAAAGCUCAAGAGGAAUAUGCUGCAUUUGAAGAAAAGGUGAAGCGAACAGUUUAUAUUGACAACCUCUCACCACAGGUCACUGAAGCUGUCCUGAAAUCAGCUCUAAAUCAGUUUGGGAUUGUGCUGAGGGUAACAUUUGUUCCAAAUUACUUGGAACCUCAGAAUAUCUCUCGCUGUGCUUUGGUAGAGAUGAAAGAGGCCAAGCAUGCCAAAGCUGUCGUCUCAGAGAUUGCUCAGUUUCCUUUUAUGGUGUCUGGAAUGCCAAGGCCUGUGAGAGCACGGCCUGCUGAAAUUGAGAUGUUUGAUGAUCGUCCAAGGAGACCUGGCAGAAAGAUUCAUUGCCGCUGGUUGGAGCCAGGUGACCCUGAUUUUGAGGUGGCAAGGAAGCUGAAGCGUCUUACAAGGAAACAUGCUGCUGAAGCUUCUUUUUUGCUCCAGCAACAAUUAAAGAGAGAAGAAAAGCUACAUAAGCAGCAGUUGGAGACACUAAAGGCAAAUUACAAUAAGUAUGAGAUGGUAGAUGGCAUCUUUGCUGAUAAUUCUGUACAGCGUUUAGCAGAUCAUUAUCGUAUGAGAAUCUCAUAUGAUUGAUAAACUCUUUUGUUUUCUUAUUGUUUCGCCGGAAUACUCGAAGCUUGUACAGAAUUUAAGGUGCAUGAUGCUUGUUCUGAAUUCUAAGUAUAUACUCUACAUCUAUUAGGUAUUUGGACACUUGCAUAUUUUCUUUGGAAUCAAUUAAGCACUGACCUGAUCAAACUCAGAGUGCUUUUAAAGCAAAGAUUACUGGUUAGGGUUUGUUUU